AACUAAUAACUGUGAAUUGUGGGGCACGUUUGGUUGUACUGUGGUCCCAUUUGGUUUUAUGACACUGAACUAGUUAUUCGCGUUCUUGGAUUAAUAUCUUAUUAAAUUUCUGAUUACUAGAGGGCAGAACAUGUUUCUUGAAUUCUCGCUGAUUCCUGGAAAUAUAAUUCCACAAAAGCCUUCCGAAUUCGGUUGGACAAUGUCCUCACGGGUUUACUUAAAUGGAUUUUAACAUUUUGCAUUCCUCAACUGCGCAUGAUGCCAGACCGUUCCUUUAGUCAGGCAAAUAAUUCAGGUGAAGAAAGUCACUUGAUCUCGAAUGCGGGUAGCUUUUGCGAACUAGAUGACCAUGUUUGUCCUUCUGAUAAUAAUCUCAGUCGUCAUUCACCGCCAUCUGCUACUUUCCUAAUUCAUGGAUCAGAGAUUCCUCACCAUGCUCCUGCUCCUCCUAUCAGGUCUUCAAGUACAUUGCGUAAAAAGAACAAACCUGUUUUGCCUCCAUCAAAACCUUUGCCAACUCCACCUGGGAAAGAAGAGAAAAAGAAAAAGAAAGUGAAAAUGUUCCGAUUUCCUAAAUUUGGUCGAUCGGAAAAAACUGAACCACAAAUUUCUGGUCCUACAGAAGUUACGCAUAAUCUACAUGUGGCAUUUGAUAAGUCCACAGGCGAAAUCAAGGGUCUUCCUAUUUCAUGGCAAAUGCUUUUAACAGCAUCAAAUAUAUCACGAACAGAACAAGAAAAGAAUCCAGAAAUCCUUCUUGGCGUACUACAAUGUUUUGAUGAAUCAGCUAAACAGAAAGAUAAAUAUAUGACAAAUGUGUCUGUCAUUACAAAUUCCUCUGGCUCCGUUGAAUCGAUGAAUUCCAACUCCCGCUCCUGCUCAGUUUCCUCUCAAAGUAUGCCAAUCGCACCAGGUCAUUGCGACAUCAGCUAUUUACAUUCGGGUUCCUAUCAAUCUGUUUCAUUUAAUUCUACGACAUCAUCAUCUGCCCCUAUUUCAGCGGAGGAAAAUAAUUUAAUUAUGUCAAUGGCUGAAACUAGUUUAACAGGAAUGACAAUAAUUUCCAGUGCUUUACCGGCAACUACACAUUCUUGUGCGGGUAGCAAUAGCAGCGGCCGUGGUAGCAGUUGUACCACUAACAGUGGCAGUGUUGGUGGUCGUGGUGUAAGUGGUGGUGUUCCAAAUGGUUUGAGCGCUGCAAGUUUAGUAGAACUAACUUCUAAUCACACUCACGUGUGUCCUUCAGGGUCUGGAAGGAGAACAAGCACAGGAGGUGCCGUAUUUUUGGGUGGUAUUAGUCCAACCCGUACAUUUGGUGGACGUGCAAGUGGUUCGACAAUUCCUGAAAUGUCUCCAGCACUUGGGAAUCAUAGAAGCAUUAACAAUACAGGAGAUAUCGCUCGUUCUGGGCCAGACUCCAUGAUAUCAGCGAACUCAGGAACCCUUACAAAUGGACAACUUCUCAAUCAUAACCGUCAUGCUAGAGAUGCCAAUUUAGCUAGUGAUAAUCAUAAUGGUCAUUCAACUGUAUCUGUUCCUGCUCUUCCAAUUACAUAUGAUGUUAGUCUUGGUGAACUUAGCAGCAGUCGUAGCAGUGGUUGUUCACUAUCUUGCUCUGGUGCUAGCGGAAGUGUCAGUAUUUCUGGUUUAGCAAGUUCAGCUAGUAUGGUUGGACAUUUAUUUGGAGGUAUAAAUAGUAAUGAGAACAGUCCUACAAGUAUUCUUCCGCCUAGUAUGUUACCAUCUCAAUCACCGUUACCACAUAACAACUGUUGUUCAUUUGUCUCCUAUCCACCAUCAUCAUCACCACCGCCUGUUCCACCUCAUGCAACUACUGUCGUAUUAAGAAAUUUAGAUUUUUCUGAAAGUUGUACAAAUAAUUUUGAAAUUAGUAGUGUUAAAGAAGAAGGUACUCUACGGCAUACAUCUUCAUUUCAUAAUACAAUCCCUGAAUCAUCUACAUGUUUACCAUUUCACGGAGAUAUAUUGGUUCCAGAAUCCUGUAUAAUGGUCGGAGAAUCUUCUUCCGAUGAAGAAGAAGAGGAUGAGGAUAUUGAAGAUGAAGAUCACGAACAAGAAGAGUAUGAAGAAGGUGAGGAGUUAGGUGAAGAUGAAGAAGAGAGCGAGAACGAACAAAGUGAAUUAAGCAAUAAUGAAAUAACUACAUCUCAGGCUACUGUUGAAUGGAUGACAAGCAGUGGAACUUGUAGUAAUCUACCUACUCCAAUGACUAUGUCCAAGGGAUCUGAAAAUGGUGUUACCAGUGAAGCUUUUGAUAAUCGGAAUGGUAUACUCGCUUCAAACAAAACAUCAACAAAUAGUGAGAAUAUACCAAAUUUGGUCAGUACUAGUAAAGAUAGUGGGACAUCGAAGAUCAUCCAGUCAUCAACGUCCGAUAGAAAUGUUCCACCAGCUGUUCCAGUCAAACCACAGGGUUUAACACAUGUGUUUCGCACACAACAGCAAACUAAAAUACAUCAAUCUCCUCAUUUCUUCCCACAUCAACCGCCUACAAAUAAAAUAGAUUCAAGUAAUACUGCUACGAUUACAACAACUACCACUUCUGCUGCUGCUGAAGAUGUAGCCAAAUCGACUACACCUAGUGCACCUAGGCGUCGUACUGGGAAUCAUCGAUUAACAGAUCAGCAGGUACAUGAUAAACUGAGAGCUAUUGUAAGCAAAGGUGAUCCAUAUCAAAAAUAUCGUAUGGUAGAUAAAAUUGGUCAAGGGGCAUCUGGUGUGGUAUAUAGUGGAUAUGAGAUUGCCACUGGCAGUUUAGUGGCUAUUAAACAAAUGAAUUUAGCUCAACAGCCUAAAAAAGAAUUAAUCAUUAAUGAAAUUUUGGUUAUGAAGGCUAAUCGUCAAGCAAAUAUUGUAAAUUAUCUAGACAGUUAUUUAGUGUCCACUUCAGUCUCUACCAAUAUGGAUCAUCAUCAGCAUUACAUGAACGGUUCAAAUCACAAGUACCAACAAUCAACUCACAAGGAUGAUAGCCUCAAUUCAUCAACAAUUAGUUCAGGCAAUUCAUCUAAAGGUGAAGAACUAUGGGUUGUCAUGGAGUAUUUAGAUGGUGGCUCACUGACUGAUGUUGUCACUGAGACGUGUAUGGAAGAAGGACAUAUUGCUUCAAUUUGUCGAGAGAUACUUCAUGCCCUUGAAUUUCUUCACGCAAAUCGCGUCAUUCAUCGUGAUAUCAAAUCAGACAAUAUUCUUCUUGGAAUGGAUGGAUCUGUAAAACUGACUGACUUUGGCUUUUGUGCACAAUUAAGCAAUGAUGGAACUAAACGUUCAACUAUGGUUGGCACACCGUAUUGGAUGGCACCAGAAGUUGUUUUACGUAAACAAUACGGUCCAAAGGUGGAUAUAUGGUCAUUAGGUAUUAUGGCCAUUGAAAUGGUAGAUGGUGAACCACCCUAUCUAAAUGAAAAUCCUGUUCGAGCAUUGUAUCUUAUCGCUACCAAUGGUAAACCGGAAAUUAAAGAACGUGAUCGCUUAUCAAGCACAUUUCUUAAUUUCCUUGAUCGUUGCCUAGAAGUGGAUGUAGAACAAAGAGCUACGGCGAAUGAAUUAUUACAACAUCCAUUCAUAUGCAGAUGUUCUAAACCAUUGAGUUCAUUGAUUCCUCUGAUCAAUUUAGCCAGAGAACAGAAAUAAUUUAACCUCUGAAUCUCAAUACAGAAUAAAGAAAACCAAUUAAUUUUUGUAUAUUGUUUCCUUAAAAAAAAUCUCUUUUCCUCACAUCUGUUUAUUCUGUAAUCACAAUUCAUUUUUACUCUCUAUACAUGCAUAUAAUAAUAUUAAUGAUUCAUAUUACAUAAAACAUAUACUCUUAGAAAGUAGAAAUAAUAAUAUUCACAAACUAUGGUUAUCAAUAAUGAUAAAUAAAUCCAAUUUACUCAUUUUGGUUCUAUUCACAUUUAAAUAUUCACCUAUUAUUAUAUUACAUUUUGAAGUCAUGGUAAUUUUUCCUGUGCUGUUUCCUUUUUUUUCUCUCUCUCUCUCUCUCUAACAUACAAAAAGUACAGCCAUUCACUAGAUUGUACAUUACAGUAUUUAAUCAUAGUACCGAUUAUGUUUUUUAUCAAGGUUAAUACCGCUUACUCGCGUUUGUUAAGCUUUCCCAUUCACUUUUCUAUUCUAAUAUAAUUUUGUUUAUAAGUCAAAUUAUUAACAAGUGUAAUAUAAUAAAGAAAAGUAAUAAUAAUACACUUAGGAAUCACAAUUAAUUACUUAAUAAUCUCUUCUUAAUUAAUACACCAUUCAAAUGAAUUAAUGUGAACAUUCAUAAACAUCCAUUGGGUUUUUUUUUCUUGAAUUUUACACAUAUAUGUAUUCUAUGUGGUCUUAAAACACAACUAUUCGCUGUCUUUAUACUCACACAUUCAUCCACUCACUGUUUAUCUUCUCGUUAAUUGUCAAGUUUUAUUUUUAUUGCUCACAUUAUUAAACACAUAAUGGUUCUUUUUUCUCUUUUCUUUUCUUUCCGUCAAAUAUGUUUACAUACAUGAUUUUGUAGGGUGUUAAAUUUCGAGUAUGUUUUUAUUGCUUAUUCUCAAUUUCAUUGUCAUUUGUACACAAUAGAUCUGAUUUAUCUCGGUUGACUGACCAAAAAAAAAGAAUAGAACACAUUAAAAAGCAGACAUUAGGUUUUAACUAUUUAAGCGCCUUUUUUCUCUUCGAUUAACAAUAGUAUGUUACAUUUAAAAUCUUUCACUGAUUAAACUGGAAUGAAGAAUACACUUCUACAUGUAACAGUUAGUCAGUAAUGAUUAUCUUGUUGCAUUGAUUAUAUAUGUGUUAGUGUAUUUUUAUGUGUACACGUUAUGCUGUGUUCCAACCUUCAUACAUGCAUACUUUAUUCUUUUAAUUUACCAUUCCCAGUAUCUCACUAAUUUUCAAGGGAUAUUUCUCAUACAUACAGUAAAUAAUUAAAAAGACGAACAACUGAUUUACUGCUAAUGAUUUAUUUUCAAAAUUAUCUGCAUUUUGUGUACAUCUGUGUGCAUGUGUUCGUGUACUGCCAUUGUCUACUGUAUACUCUUAGAAAUUUACGUUACUCCAUAUACAUAUUAUUCUCAUCAAUUUUCCCCUUUUUUAUGCUGAUCUAUUCCAGGAUAGUUAUUAAGCCUAUUUGAAUAUGGUAAAUCUACUCCAUGUAUGUAUAUGGAGUGCUUCGUUAUUUAUUAGGCAAUCACUUAAUUAUAAAUAAUAUUCUCGUCUCCCGGUUUAGCUAUUUAUAUUAAAUUAACUACUCAAGUGGAUUGGAUAUGUGGGUGUAUAUCGUUAACACCUGUAUCAUCAGCAAAACUAGUCUUAAUGAAUUAAUGCAAAUAAAGGAGUUAUAUUCACUGUUCUCAAAUUUUGUUACUCUUAUUUUAUGUCAUAAUUAAUGAGACAAUAAACAGUUGAAAAAGAAUUUAUCUUCGUAGAAAUCGUUGGCGUCAUAGUUCUGAUCAAUUACUAUUAUCAUUCACAUCAUUAUUUGCAAAAUCAGUCAGUUAACAUUGUUGCAUUGAAAGUUUACCUUUAAUUGUGUUUCUAUCCAUCUUUUUUUCAUCCAUCUUCACUUGCUCAUUUUCAUUAUAAUCAUCUAUGUGUAUUGUUGACAUACAGAGAAUCUUUGUAUUGUUUUGUCAUAAUUCUUCAAAAUAAAGCUUAUGCUGCCUUUUCAUUUCGUUUUUCUUUUCAUGCUUGCUUUACUAUGUUGCUGUAUACACCGCAGUUUCUUCUCUAUAUAAAUAAUACAUUUGAUUAUUACAAUCCUUUAUGCUGAAUUUUGUUUUAUGUAUUUUUCUUUUUGCUUAUUCUCCUUUCGUUAAUAUGAUGGUUAUUGUUGCUUGAAUACAUGUAUUUGUUGCCGAUAAGCGCACGAAAUGUUUUUCCUCCAUUUUUUACUAUUCAUUCUCGGACUCAUCAUUCUACAUCUGUAUAUGUGUGUGUUGGCAUGCGUCACAUUCUAUUUCAUAUUGUUGAUGGUGGCGAUAAUAGUAGUAAUGGGUGUUUUUGUUUUUUAACUUAGAUUUCUUCGGCUUCUUUAUCUUUCGGAAAGGAGAGAAGUUGUCAGUAACUACUCGCUUUUCAUUAUGCAUCAUUGUACACUUCUUUCUACCACGUUGUACUUGUUUGCUUGUUUCAACUGAAGAUCAUUUUUUUAUGCUGCGAGUGGUGUUGCUACAUCGCUUACUUACUACCAAUUAAGUGUAAGUACUAUGACAAUGACGGCUUCUACUUUGUAAUGAUCUUUUUUAUUUUUUUCAUUUGUGUUUUUCUUCAACUUUUUAUUUGUUGUUUACUCUUCGGAAUGACACACAUUAUAUCUACAAAAUACCUUUAAAAAAAACUUACUGCUAUUGUUUUAUUUUUAGCCUUAAUUAUCCAUGAAUAUACCUGUUUUUUGUUCACAGGCAGAAAAUGAAUUUAUGCCACCUGUUUUUGGAUUAAACGAGAUUAAUUCAGUGUUAUAUUGAGGCCUUAAAAAUAAACUAACUUAAUGAUGAUUGUAUUCAUGGCCAGAAUAAUAGUGAAAGUAUUUACAUGAAAAGUGUACUAACGAAGUUCAUCAACCUUGUAUAACCUCUAUUCGAACACUAUUGGUGGAGUUAGAACUUAUGAGGAAACUGGAGUAGUGACCGUCAAAAUAACUACUUUCCCCACUCUUAUAUUACCUUGUUAUAGACAUUCCUUCAAAGAUGACGCUUUCAUCAUCUAAUGUCUCGGCGGUUGAUCUAGAUUACCUUAAAUAAUAAUCUAACCGCUCCUGGAAUACGAUUCUCACCCUCCAUAUUCAGAAUGUUAUUUUAGAACUAGUCUGUAUCAACGCCUUAACAAAUGUUAAGAAUGUCAUCAACCCUAGUGAAUUAGUGUUUGACAAAAUCUCAGCACGGGUUCAGGAAGUUCGAUUGGUUUAUAGUAUAGGUGAAAUUUCCAAUCUGCCAACCAAGUGAGUUUAUUAAACAGUUCACUCCCUCCUACUUUAUUACUGUGAAACAUGAAUAUUUAGAAUAUGGAAUCUGCGUAGGUUACUAGUAUUUGAUUAUAAACGUCUUCAGAUAAUCGCCCGUUUACUUUGUGACCACAGAGUGAGUAAUUUUUAGGUUAGGAACAUAGUACUAGAUAAAGAUGGCAAGUCCAUUAGUGAGAUAGUAAGCUUUCAUCGAGAUCAGUAUACUUAGCCACCUCCUACCUCGUUGGGUGCUGUUGGUCGGAAAAUAGCCAGGUGUCGAUCAAACUAUAACUUAUAAGGCACAAAGUUAUUAACAAUUAGGCUGAGCAAAUAAAAAUUACAUUAACAUAAGGAAUAACCUAAGUGAGUCGGUACCAUUCCCCUGUAAUUCUAACUGGUCAGUACAUUAUGCCAGAAUAUUCAUGUGGUUGAAACCAAUGUAUCAUCUGUAUUAAAAGGGGCAAUCGCUAUGCAGUAAAUAGUCAAAUUUAUUUUAGUCUGUCAUUUGUACUCGAUUCUGCUAUAUACAUUUACAUAUAGAAUCUUUUAAUCAAAUCUGAUCACAGUAUUAUGUAUGUAUGUAAUGGUGCGAAAUCAGAAUGUUUCAACUUUUCAUGAACUUUGAUUGAUGAAAAAAACAUACUGUCUUUAUUAUAAUAAUAUAACCUAGAGAUAUCUGAUUCUAAUUUCUCGAACAAGAUAAAAAUAAUAGUAGUAGUUCCGAUAAGCAAUGGAACUUUGAUAAUCAGGAAUUCAAGGAAAGGAAAGUUCAUGCUCUAUAUAUUCACUACUGAAACAUUUUAUUCGUGGUGUUAUGAAUAAUAGAUAUUCUUCAAACAAUGUAUUCUUUAUAUUUUGAUAUUAAGGAUAAAACGAAGAGAUUGGCUGUUUUAUUCACAUGUUUGCCUAUGUUGCAUUAUUUAUUCCCUUCUGUGUGAAUAAAAAUCAUUAAAAAGAUAAAUAAUUCAAUAUUGUGUUAAUUCAUUGACUCUUAAAAAAGACUUCAAAUUCAGUUCGUAAAUACUUUAUUUUACAAAAUUCUGAGCACAAUAAUCUCACUUCCUUUAAUACAUUUCCCAUUUGUAAUAAUACACUUAUCCUAUUUACGUUUCUAAAUUUUAAGACAUCCUUCAUGGUUACAUUCGCCAAAUAGAUUGUAAUUUUAAGUCUCUUCAAUAGUAAACAAUCAAGGCAUCACAUGAAAUUUUACCAAAAACCAUAAGGUCACUUAAUGAAUACAUUGUUUAAACACUAAACUAGUAUUUCACAUUCUCACCAGUCAAAUUAUGACUGCAUUAUAAUCUUUAAUUAUAUAAGUAGAAUGUAUGAUCUAAUUCCUUGUUUAGUUAUAUUAUUAAAUCUUUCCAUAAUUGAACCCUAGAAAAAUUCACUUCAAAGUUACUCAUUAGUGAAGAUAUGCUUCUGAAUUACCAAGAUCUUUAGUUAAUAUAUAUUUUCACAGUUGAAAUUGUUAUAUCCGGUGAAGAUUAAAUUACAGGUAACU